GAUGACGUAAGCGGAAGGACGCGUCAACCUCCGUGAGAUUGAGGCGGCACCGCCCGGCGAGGAGAAGGGAGCGGUACCGGCAGCGUGGAGCAGCCCCGAGUGGGGAAAAGGAGCUGUCGGUAAGAGAUGUCGUGGAUCAGAGAAGGCGAGCUGACCAUCAUAGAGAGAUUUUGUGCCAGCAUCAUUAAGGCAGGUCCGAUGCCCAAGCAUGUUGCCUUUAUCAUGGAUGGCAAUCGUCGUUAUGCCCGCAAGUGCCAUGUGGAGAGACAGGAGGGGCAUUCGCAAGGCUUCGAUAAGCUGGCACAGACACUGCGGUGGUGCUUAAAUCUGGGCAUUCGGGAGGUCACUGUGUAUGCCUUCAGUAUUGAGAACUUCAAACGCUCCAAGGAGGAGGUGGAUGGGCUAAUGGAUCUGGCAAGACAGAAAUUCAGCCGCCUACUGGAAGAACAGGAGAACUUGAAGAAGCACGGCGUGUGUAUCCGUGUCCUUGGGGACCUGCCGCUUCUGCCCUUGGAUAUUCAGGAGCUGAUUGCCCAAGCUGUGCUGGCGACUAGGAGCUACAACAAAUGCUUUCUAAAUGUCUGCUUUGCAUACACUUCGAGACAUGAAAUCAGCAAUGCUGUCAGGGAGAUGGCGUGGGGGGUGGAACAAGGACUGCUCGAACCCAGUGAUAUAUCUGAAUCGUUGCUUGAUCAGUGUCUCUACACCAACAACUCCCCUGACCCAGACCUCCUGAUUCGAACAUCUGGAGAGGUCCGGUUGAGCGAUUUCUUGCUCUGGCAGACAUCCCAUUCAUGCUUGGUGUUUCAGUCAGUCUUGUGGCCGGAAUAUUCCUUUUGGAACUUGUGUGAGGCUAUCCUUCGAUUCCAGAUGAACUACAGUGCUUUACAGAAGGCCAGAGACUCCUACAUGGAGGAAAGGAGGCGACAGCAGAUGGAAAGGGAUCAGGCUUAUGUGACAAAGAAGCUGCAGCAGGAGGGGUUUGCGUCCCACGGAGACUCUCGGCGCCAACGGACACUACUGCAGAAAUGCACUGCCAUGCGGGAAGAGAGAAUCCAGGGCUUUCUACAAGCACUAGAGCACAAGAGAGCGGACUUCUUUGAAAGACUGUGUACGGUGCCUGCAUGACAGAGGUGCUGGGUUGCUCUUGGGAAGACAAUUUUUAACCGUGUUGGUGGGAACAGCAGCUGCCCGGCGGAGUUCACUCACUGUGGCUCUGCAGUGGGGUUACAGGGCUGCUCUAGGACUUUACGUCCCCGCUGGCCCUGGUCUGAGGGCAGGGACAGAGUACAGUGAACCUUUCUAGUUCUGUGAAUGCUGCUGAGGAAGGUAAUGCCGUCCUUCUGUCCCACCUCCCUGCCCCUGAGGAUUGAGAAUACACGCAUCCUGCCAUCUCUGCUGCUCGGGACUUCACAGGCUUGGCUGUUUCAGCAACAAGAAGUUAAUUAGAAUGAAAUCUCUGGUUCUGUUUAGCUCCUCAUGAAUCGGUCCAGGCAAACCAAGUCAGUCCUGUUUAAUCACUCUGGACUGGAAUUCUUUCCAGGGCUUUGCAGUAGUGAAUUUUCUGUUGAGAUUUCCUCUGCUGUCCCAUAAAGGGAGCGUUGCUUUUUGUGUGGAGAGGAUUAGUUCUGGUAUAGAAGGGAGCCCUGUGCCAAGCGAUGGCAGAGAUAUGUCGCACUGCCUACUUCACAGUGGCAUCUUAUCUUUUCCCCACCUUACUCUGCUAGUUUUGGUGUAUCUGGAUUUGGGUUCUGAAGAGCUAAAGUGAGGUGUUGUCAGCCUCACCAUAAAGAAAACAGAUAAUCCAGAGCUCCAUCAGGUCCUGUGAAUCCCUUAUGUGGGGAAAACCCAGAAGCCUAAGAUGCUGAUGUCGGAACAGCCCGACUGUGGUUAGGAAAGAGGCUCCGAGCAGGCAAGGGAAAAGGAUUGGUUGGGAAUUAACUUAAUAGCUUAAAAAGGAAAAAAAGUUAGCUAAACCCAGGUGAUGGAUACAGUAUGCCAAAUUCCUCUGAGACCUCUCCAGAGCUAUGACUUCACUUCCCGUUUCCAGGGAAUGAGGAUGGGCUUAGAUGAGGAAUACAGUAGCUAAAACCAGGCCCUGACCCCAGCUCUUUAGCUGAUUUUAAUGGGAGUGGCUGGAGCAGCUGUGGAGUGUUUGUUCUCUGUUCUCCAUUUUCCAUCAGCAGGGAGAUGACUAGCUAAUUUCCAAGAUUGUUUCCGUCUCUGAUUUCUCCUGAUUUCCGUCCCCAUGGUCAAAAUAACAGCAAAUAUCUUGAUUUUUGUUUCUGGUGCAGCCGUACCAGCUGUUGCUGUUUUUACAGUGUUCCUUUUUACCUCCAGGUGAAAACUAGAAAAUGCAGAUUUAAAAGACUUGUGAGUGCUGCCAACUCAGCCCUUUGAAUGUGAUUGUGAAGAGGAUAAACUACACUGUUGAAUUAUGAAUAAAGUAUAUUCAUACCAAGCUGAUUUAAAUAAUAAGCUGAACAUUUAAAAGUAUGUAGAGCUUGUUCUGGGAUGUGAUGAAGUUGGCAUCCAGCUCUAAUAUAAUGUUGUUUACUCUGUGACAGACUCCUCCUCUGACUCCUGUUAGGUUGGAAAUGAUUAGAAGCUGUGCUCUUUUUACAGUCUAGUGUGAGCAAUUUGCUGAUAGUCCAAGGCUUGGCUGAACGAAGCUCUGUGCGUGAACCUUCUUUCUGUAAGUAGCAAACAGUUGCUUGGAUAACAGUCACUGAGAUGAUGGGAGCUGUCGGUUUUAAACUUGUUGCUGUAUUUUAUGUUGUCUGUCUUCACAUUCCAGGAAGCUGUGGGCAUCGUUUACUCUCUGUGAACUGGAGCACUCUGCAGUCUGCUUUGACAGGCUGAUGGAAAAAGUGCUAAUGGCGAUUUCCCAGACUGGUGCUGCCUCUUGGGGAUCCUGCGGAGCGCUCCUGGGGAGCUGUGCUGGCUGUCCCUCGCCCCCCCGGUGCCUGGGGUGCUGUGCCAGCUGCCCCCCACCCCCCUCAGCCUGGCAGGGGGUGGCUGCCCCCAGCCCCAGAGGAGCUGUGCAGGCUGCCCACCCUUGCUUGGCCCCGGAGGGGAGGGGGGCGAUGCUGUGUCCCCCCUCUCAGCCUCGGGGGGUGCCACUGCCUUGCCAUUGGGGUGGGGGGAUAGGGGUGGUGAUGCUGUGCCCCCAUCCUGGUCUGGGGUGGUGGUGAGGCCGUGCCCAGCGACAGGUAGGGGGUGAUGCCGUGUCCCCCAUCCAGGUCCUGGGGUGCCCAUGUGUACUGGGGGGAGGUGAUGCUGUGCACUGGGGGGGCUGCGCCCCACUGGGGAAGAGGGGAUGCGCUGAUGCUCAGGGAGGGUGAUACUGUGCCACAAGGGGGAGGUUGAUGCCC